GAGUAGACAUGUAUAUCCAUUUACUGGUCAGGUACAUUUGUUCUUCUUCCGCGUUCUCAUUCAUUGAGGAGUUUCUCCGGCUAUGUCGAUAGCAUUGAAUCGGACCAGUUCCGGCGGCGAUCGCCAGAUCGAGCGGCCGAUAUUCGAUCUCCACGGUGUUGGUUGUUCUCCGGCCUCGAUCUACAAUUCGGCGGAGUUCGCGGCCGCUGAUCGGAGGUUCGAGCCGCCGCCAGAGGAUCAGUCAGGAUCGUUGUCGCCGUCGUCCUCGACUUCUUCAAUCGGGAAAAAUAGCGACGAGUCUGGUGGCGGCGGAAGUGGAGGCGGCGGAGACGAGGAGGAAGUGCAAAGUGAGUAUAAAGGAGGACCUUUGGACAGUUUGGAUGCUCUGGAGGAAGUUUUGCCGGUGAAGAAAAGCAUAUCGAAGUUCUAUUGUGGCAAAUCGAAAUCUUUUACCAGUCUAUCUGAUGCAGCAACAAUCCCUUCCAUCCAGGAUAUCACUAAGCCUGAAAACGAGUACACCAGGAAAAGAAAGAACCUGCUGGCUUUCAAUACCUAUUUAGACAGGAAUCGUCAUAACUUGCGUCCUGGAAUUGGCGGCAUGUCGAAAAGACCUACUAACUCUAGAAGUAUGCUAGUUCUCGCAGCAUCUGCAAAUGGCUCUGAGACCAACAGUGGUGAUACUUCCAACUCUAAUUCGUCCCCACCAGGCUUCACUCUUCCUCCUUUACCACCACAUGCGAGAAGACCUAUGCAUCGUGAGCUCUCAUUGUUUCCUCCCGACAAUAAGUUUUCUACCUUGCGGUCUUUCUCCUUGUUUGAUUUGCAAGGUACUGCCGUGGCUGAAGCUUCAAAUGGCAGUGGAGAUGAAAGCCAUGAUGACUAAAACUAUAUAAAUAUUACCUUUAUUUUCUGUGUUGCCUUAUCAACUCAAGUGAUAUUAGAUAUUCCGAGAGAUGGAGAUGCUGUACUUGUUUCUUGCCUGUUGUGUGUGUUUCUGUCCAUUGUAUUUACUGCUUAGGCGCAAUGAACCCUUGGUUGUUUCCCUGUUGUAAUCGAAAAAUUCUAGUAGCCUUUACUCCCGAC